GUCAAAAUUAGAACACCCACAAGCACAUGAAAUUGAACACAGCCAAAGCGAAAUGCGAAGUUCGCCGGGCGCCGUUUCGCCGAGAUAAAGAUGGAAAUAUGGGAAGCAGUUGCUCAGUCUGUGAAUAUGAGUGCGGACGCUUGUCGGAAACGUUGGAAAGGACUCCGAGACACUUACAAAAAACGAAAGCGCUCGGAACUGCUGGCCUCAGGUAGUGGCGCUCCGAAUCCCAGCAAAAAAUGGAAAUAUAUGGAAUUGCUGAGUUUUUUGGACGAUUACGCUGAUUCAAGACCAACUGUUGGAAAUAUUGAACCAGAGAUCUUAUUUGAAGAUUUGGCGGAUUGUUCCACCUCUACAAUCGUUGAUGCAGAUGCGAGUGUGCCCUCUUUGAACCAAAGGAAAGAAACAAAAAAGAAGGCGGAUGCCGAGGUAACCUCUGUGUUCAAAGAUGUAUGCAAGAAUGCUCAGACGCUAUUAAAGAGUUGACAUCUGUUACAAAUCCUCCAGAAAAAGUGCGAAAUACGACCUCGCUUUUAUUUGAAAGCUUGGCGAAUAGAAUUUCCGAAGCUAAGUUGCCCCAAGGAGAUGUGUGUAACAUAGAAUGUAAAGUUGCAGCGGUAGUGUAUGAUGAAUUAAAAAAGGCAGGUCUCCAAUAAUUUUAGGAGUUUUCAGCGGCUGAUGAAUGCAUUCAAAAAAUGUUUUUGUGAUAAAGAUGUGUUCUUAAUAGUACAAAUCGAUGUAUAACAUCUAAAGUGAAUUUAACUCAAUUAAAAAAAAAACAUUUUAUAUACUCUAGUUUACAAGAAAUCUGGUCUGUGGCACUUGACCUCAUUGCUUAUGUAAAAUUUUCUGCUGAAUCCAAAUAUGAAAAUAUAAUCAAGUAUACCAGUUUUCGAUAUAUGUACAUUUAUGGUUAAUUUCGACUUUUAUAGAUCUGAAAAAGUGCAGUCAUAUACCGUUAAUCAAUAAAGUUUAGGUACACAGAAUUUUUUGCAAUACGGGCAACUAUUUUUAAAACAUUUUAAGUUUCGCUAAGUUUUUAUAAAAAUAUAGUUAACUCUACAACAAAACCCCCGAAAAUCAGAGUUCCAGAUCUUGUGUAAAGUUAGAGAAAAUUCUACAAAUUUUCAUUCAAAUACUGCACUUUUUAUUUGCCCUCUUUAAAAAAAAGUUGAGUAUGCAGUUUGUUAGCCCAUUAAAUUUUAGUACAAUACAAGUUACAAUUGAUUUUUGACACAAAUCUGGAACUCUGAUUUUCGGGGGUUUUGUUGUACAGUUAACCAUAUUUUUAUAAAAACUUAGAAAUUUUAAGAUUGGCCAGCUAUGUUCAAAAAAUUUGCAAUUAUGUGUUUGUACUUUUUCCAGAUCUCAAAAACCCUAAAUUUGGCUAUAUCUAACUUCAUAUUUGGGUUCAAGGGAAAAUUUUUUAUGUGAAAUGAUGGUCAAAUGUCCCAGAGUAGGAACUUUAGUAAAAACUGUAUACCAGGAAACCUAUGUAUGUAUGAAUAAUUUUAAGUUUUAUAUUCUUUAUAUGGUGCCAAACUGAAUUUUCAUGGCAGACUCUUGGUUUUUAUGAAAUUAUUAUUUGGAGUGAAGUUAUGAGUACAAAUUUCACACAUAUAUGAUUCUUGAUAUAUAAACAAAUCGCAUAGAACCUUGAAGAUCACACUUGGAUAUGGAAUUUCAAUAAAUUUACACUGUAUUUAACUAAGUAGCUCAAGC